AUGUCUAAGCCCACAGUCGUCAUUGUCCCUGGCGCUUGGCAAAUGCCAGCAGCAUUUGACAACUUUUCCCGAAAGCUGAAUGAAGCAGGAUAUCCAACCUACUUGGUGGAACUUCCCUCCGUAGGGGGAACAGAAAUGCCCCUUUCUGGACUUGCAGGCGAUAUUCAGGCUGUACGGUCAGCGCUGAACCAGGUUUGUCAGGAUGGUAAGAAAGCGAUGGUUCUCGCGCACUCAGCUGGAGGUUUAUCCGGUAGCAAUGCCAUUGAAGGGUAUGAUGUGGCUGGUAUCAUCUACCUGGCCGCCUUUGUGAUACCCAAAGGCACAUCAGUUCUUGAGCUAGUCGGUGGUGCACCUUUGCCUUGGAUGGAUGUUCAGGAUGAUCGAGUUUUCGCUAGGCCGAACCUCGUCUCACAGACCUUUUUCAAUGACUUGGCUCCGGAAUUGCAAGCCAAGUGGGCCAGCGCAAUGACACACACCUCAGCAGCGCUAUUCGCCACCCCAAGCCAAUAUGAGCCUUGGGCGAAUGGAGUUCCACGCGGCUAUAUUUUCUGCUCAGACGAUAACGCCCUCCCGCCCCCUUACCAACAACAAAUGAUCGCUCAGCUUGGGCCCGAAGUGGUUAUUGCUUCUCUUCACGCCGGCCAUUGCCCUCAUCUCAGCGUUGCUAAUGAACUCUUGCACGCAUUUGAGUCAAUUGUAUCUCAACUUAGAGCAAGUGAAGAUGUAGUCUGA